AACUUGAACACGAACUUUUUCUUCCUCUCUGUUUCUUUGUUUUCCCACCUGCUACAGAGAUGGCUGCUCAGGCGACUUUUAAAUCUAUCAAAGCUCUCGUUCCUCUCCUUGACCGAGUAUUAGUGCAGAGGUUCAAGCCCGAGACAAAAACUUCAACCGGGAUCUUCUUGCCUACGUCGUCGACGACCACUCCCCUACCAGAGGCUACCGUGAUCGCCGUUGGCCCCGGUGCACCGAAUAAAGAUGGCCAGAUCGUGCCCACACAGGUGAAGGCGGGAGACAGAGUCCUUUUACCUGGAUGGGGAGGCAACUCCAUCAAGGUCGGCGAAGAGGAAUAUUUCUUAUUCAGGGAUUCGGAUAUCCUUGCUAAAAUCCAGGAGUGAAGAGUGUAGGACGGUAUCUAACUUUACACGAGGUGUAUGUAGAAAGUCAACAAAAGCGGUCUCCCCACUCUGUGCUCCUGAAGAGUUCGAGAAGUUUCGUCCGUGACUUUU